AUGUGGAGAGUAGAAUAUCUUCACCAUACAUCUAUCACAUUGUGCCAGGAGUACGCAAAAUUGGUAAACACCUCGGCAUACGUCAACGUGUCGCAGUGUGUCGCAAAAACGAAAUUCAUCGUGGGUGGCACCAAAGCCGAGCCCAAGGAGUUCCCGCACAUGGCUGCCAUCGGAUACGACGAGGAAAAUUCCGACUCGAUCCGCUGGAACUGCGGUGGAGCGCUUAUCUCCGACUCGUGGGUCCUUACAGCGGCGCAUUGCACCUACGCGUUUCCCUGGGGAUACGCCAAGUAUGUGCGCGUAGGUGACCUAAACCUGGAGAGUGAGGAUGACGACGCAAAACCUCAAGAACGAAACGUUUUCCUACGCAUCAGACAUCCCGAUUACAAAAGGCCCGACCAGUACAACGACAUCGCCCUUCUCAAGAUGGACAGGCCAGUGACGUUUGACGCCUACGUGAGGCCGGCAUGUCUGUCCCUAAACCCCAACAUCCCACCCGGCGAGAAGACCAUUGUUGCCGGCUGGGGCAUCACCGACUGGACUAACGAAAAAGGGUCCCCCGACUUGAUGAAGGUCCAAGUACCCAUUGUGGAUUAUGAGACCUGCAACAAAUACUAUGGAACCAUCAAUUCCGAGUCACAAUUGUGCGCUGGGGAAGAUGGGAAAGAUGCCUGCCAGGGUGACAGCGGUGGUCCUUUGAUGGUCAAGAGCGACUCGUACAAAUGCAUGUACGACAUCGUUGGGGUCACUUCCUUUGGAAAACUUUGUGGGAGUGUCAUUCCUGGCAUCUACACAAACGUAAACCACUACUUGGACUGGAUCGAGGACACUGUGUGGCCUUGAACCUUAAAACUUGUUUGA